AUGAUCAAAUCACGCAGUCUCAACUUUCCAUGUUCACAGACACAACGAAUCAGUUGUUCUGGCAGUGUCGACGAAAUUAGAGCGCUGAUUCACACAACCCGAACUUCUCAUUGGGAACCGCCUUGGGCAUCGUGGAAAUGUCGCUUAGGAUUACCAUAUGGUUGGGAACAGGCCAAAGACGAUUCAGGAAAUAUUUAUUACAUAGAUCAUAUCAAUCGAACAACCACGUAUUCGGAUCCCCGAGAAGCUGCGGCUCCUGAAGGGCAACGGACUGUGAAAUUACGAAAACAUCCGGAAAUCGGUUUCGGUUUCGUUGCAGCUGGCCAACAUCCAACUGUCAUUCAAUUUGUUUCAGCAGAGGGCCCUUCCGAUGGUCUGCUCUAUGCCAACGAUCAAAUCCUAGCCGUAAAUGGUGUGGAUGUCCGGCAAGAGACCAAGGAUACUGUAGUUACCAUGGUUCGAUCAGCUGGCGAUGAACUUGAACUUACUGUAGAACAGCUUCCUGCUCGACCGCGAUCGGCUAGGAGAAGCUGUCGGGUCCGAUUUACAGAUAGAGUUCUGGUUGCAAACGUACCCGAUGCUACAACCGAUUUUCCCCCUCCAUUGCCGAAUGCGUUGCGGGUUUACUUGGAGAAUGGUCAGACGAGGUCCUUCAAAUAUGAUGAUGCUACCACUGUUAGGGAUAUUUUGAACUCCAUCUUCUCCAAGCUGCAAUUACGGGCGAAGUCAUACUUCGCCUUAGCCGUCGAAUAUUCCCUAGGUGCUAGAUCAAGUAGGAUCAGUUUAUUGAGACCCGAGACAAAAAUUGUAGAUAUAGUAAGCAUGCCGAACUCGGAGCACAUUCGCUGUGUGUUUCGAUUUGCCUUCAUUCCGAAGGACAUGGAAUCGCUUUGGUUGGAGGACCCUCGAGCAUUGGAUUACUACUACCAACAAUGCACGGCUGACGUCGUUCGAGGGCGGUACGCCUUCGAAAUGAGAUACGAGGCCUGUAUCCGGUUAGCAGCACUACACAUGCAGCAAGUGGCCGUCGAAUCGCAUCUGCUCAAAGAGAACAAUGCGGUGUCGUUGUCCAGAUUGGAAUCAGAAUACGGUCUCAGCUCCUUCCUUCCUUCGAUUUUGCUUGAAAAUGUGAAGCGGCGAGAAAUUCGCAAACAUAUUCGCUACUAUUUGAAACGAGACAGUGCAAAAUUGAGUGAAAGUCUUGCUAAGGAAACAAAUAAUGGGCUCAAGCAACAAUCCCUACUACUGAUGCGGGUAAGUGACACUUCGGUGUCAUUGCGAGUGCGCUACUUGGAUUUGCUUGCUCAUCUUCCCACAUUUGGUGGACGAGGAUUUUCAGUUACGUUUAAAGAAAGUCAAAUUGAUAUGAUCAUGCAGAUUGACCCCCGAGCCGGACUUCUCGUGCGGCAUCCGGGAAAAGGUGGACGACCUACGAUUUCAAUAGAUUAUGACUUAAUCGACCGUUUGGUAGUAAAGAGGGAUUCAGAAAUUGCUUCACUUAUCAGUAUUCGCUUGAAAAGCAAUCCUGAACAGGGUCUCGAAUUUUUGGUGGACAAAGACGACAUCGAUGAUCUCGUUGUGUAUAUUUGCGGAUAUCAGCUUGUCCACUACAAUCGUCAACUAGUCUGCAAAGUUGAUGAUUCACCUCCGCCUGAAAUCCAACCACCUAGAAACCCACCACCUUACACAGCCGUUCAUAUGGUUAUACCCAGCGGAUGGAAUUAUUCUAGCGAAAUUUCUUCAAAUGAGCAGAGUCUCGACCUCACUUCUGAACCACCCCCAUAUGAGCUUGCUAACUCCUUUGCUGAACCACAAAAUGAAAAGAAAGAGGAUGGAGCUGCAGUGCCAGAAAACUCCCCACCGUCAUCGCGACGAAAUUCUGAUGUUUCGAAGAAGCUGCUGCGAGCUACUGAUUCAUUGCUGAUCAAGAAUAGCCAGAAAUUGAUCAGUCCGAUCGUGGCCAGGUCUGUACGGAUUUUGGACUCGGUAUCAGACUCCUCAGAUGCGGACGAUUCAUCGUGGAGUAGCCCAGUACGAACUCCUAUAUCACUGGACGGUGAAACCAAAAAGCUUCUUGAUGGCUCUUCCGAUGAGCUGUUAUUCAAUGCUAGCAGACGAGAAUCCAUUGAAACCCUAAUCAGCAGCGUUCAUGCUCAGCAGGUGCCCAAUCUCGAAAGCCUUAUCUUAAUGUAUCAAGACUCAAAUGGAGUCAAUCCGGCAAAAAUUGACAAAAAUGGAGUGGCUACGUUGGCCCCGUCGAAGGUGGUCGAUAAUGACAUGACUCCUUGCGAAAAGCCAGCUGCUCCGAUGGCAUCAAUCGAAGAGGAGAUGACAAUCAGUCAGAUCACAGCCGCUUCUUGAAGUCCAGGAAGAUAUCCGACUCAUAACAUAUGUUUUAUUGAUUUAUUGAUUCCUAUGGAAGACCUCUCCCA